AUGGAUGAGACAAUCCCGGAUGACAAGGUUAUCACGGCCGUAGUCCCUACAGCCGACGUGAUUACCGAAGACAGACACAAAUCUGUUCGCGCAUCAGAUAUCAGCCAUUUUGUCGUUCAACUUUCUGAUAAAAGACAGGAGUCGCUUAUGCAGUCUGUUGCGGGAGUUCCCUACAGCUUUGAUAGACCUUGGCCAACCUGGUUUUUUAUCGGGAAGAUCGUGUCAAAGACGUUCUUUGACAAUGAAGAACAACUUAGGUGGCUAAACACUGUUCGGGUCCGAAACAGGGAGUUUAUUGCGUUCACCAAUGCCCAGAAGAACGUCUCAAACCAGGCGAAACAAAAUACUAGGGAAGGAAUGCUUCGAGUAGUUGAGGUCGAUUUUUCGAAACCCCAGCCAGGUGAAAAUUUGAAGUUAUUCUGGAAGCCUGCUCGAGCAAUUAUUUGCCAAAAAGUUCAAGAUUGGUUGGAUUAUGCACCAAAUGAGGGUCCACUUUAG